AUGCAUGAGGGUGGCCUAGUCCUUUCUUAUGCUACAUUCCCUGAGGGCGGCUAUCCCGGGGUGCCCCACUUUGGCGUGGCAUGGCCAUACGCAGAGGCGUACCCGAAUGUCCCACCUGGGGUUCUUGUGGGACCGUCUGUCGGCGAGGGGGAGGGGACGAUGGAGCAGUUUAUGGCGCCAAAGGUGGCGAAGGGGGAGCUGCGAGCCGCCAUUGUGAAGUUUGUGGUGAUGACUGACAGCUCUUUCCGCGUCGUUGGCAGUGAUGCGUUCAAGGAAAUGCUCACUGUAGCCAACCCACUCUAUGCGAAGCCAAAUGUCAUUCCAUCGUGGUGGACGGUUGUCCGUGACGUGACGAGGUACGCUGACAUGGCACGGGCGCUGGCCAGGGCUGAGCUAGAGCUUGAGGAGGAGGGGGUCUUGCCAUUGUUCAAGGUGUCUUUCACCACUGACAUAUGGUCGUCAGUGGCACGGCGCAGUUAUAUGGUCGUGACCGCGCACUGGAUAUCACGGGACUGGCAGCUUCGACAGGCCACCCUCCAUUUCGGGGAGAUGUCGGAGGGUCACAAAGGGACGGACAUCGCGAAGCGGUUUGAGGAGGUGGUUCGAGCAUGGGGAUUGGUGGGGCGUUGUCAUGGUAUCACGACCGACAACGCCUCGAACAAUGAAACAGCCAUCAAGGAGCUGUCUGAUGACGAUGACCGCUUUCCACUAAUUGGCAAGGACAUGUGGUUUAAGUGCAUGGCGCAUAUCCUAAACCUUGCAGUUCGGAAAGCGCUAGGGGUGGAGACGGUGAAGGAGGCCCUGCAGCGCAUACGCGACAUGGCCACAUUCGUUGGCCUCUCGCCUAAGCGCAUGGCGCGAUUCAGGAAGGAGCUGAAGGAUUCGUAUCCUUCCUUGCGAGACCUUAAGUUGGGAACGAUGAAGGAAGAGAAGAAGUACGCUGCUCUUCGGAUAACUGAUGAUCAUUGGGCGGCACUGGUGGCGUUGAAGGGGUUCCUAGCGCCCUUCAACGCCAUCACCAAGGCGGCUGAAGGGAGUGCGUACCCCACUGUGACAACCAUUGUGCCAUACUACAACCUACUUCUCGACUCACUGGAGAGGAUUUUGACCAAUGCUUCAAACUCCCCCUCAGCCCUCCUUCGUGAUCUCGUUCAGGCAGCCCUACCCGUCCUGCAGAAGUACUACGAUAGAAGCACUGACGAGCUGACAGUCGCCACCUUCCUUGACCCUGGGUUGAAGCUGGCGUACUUCGCAAUGGACAGUGAGCCUACAGUUGCGCAGGUGCCACAGGCGGAGGUGUUGCGCUUGGUGCGCUCGCGCUGGGAGUCAUACCAGACGUCGCAGAGGUUGGCAGCGGCUAGUGUAGCACCGGCUGCCCCUGCAGUGGCUGAGAGGGCGCCCACAGUGGCUGUAGAUGGGGGGGGGGAGGAGGAGGAGGACGAGGGGUUGCACUUUGCUAGUCGCUCUAGCUUGCUUGCGCGUGUUGCCGCUAGCGUGGAGGGUGGAGGGGUGGCUGGGCCGGGGGGGGACGAGAUCGAGAGGUACAUGCUGGAGGGGCUAGUGCAUAAUAUCCCCCCUCUUGAGCACUGGCGUGACAAGCGCGACAUGCCCGUUCUCAAGGCAAUGGCCCGCGACUACCUUGCCAUACCAGCUUCGUCUGCGGCCAGCGAGCGCGUGUUUUCGUCUCCUGUGAAAUACGCUCAGGAGGGCGAGCAUCCUGCAUCUUGA